UAAUGGGUUUGUUUACAUGCUCCAAUCUUACGGUUUUGGUUGCUCGAAGGUUAAAGCAUGCUUUCACAUAGUUGAAUUCCGCCUGUGCAUGAUAAGAAGCUCCAUUCGCACGUAGUCGUCUAAAGGCAUCCUAAUGAAUAGAUCAAGCUUGUUUACGAGGAAUAGAAACAACAUCAGCUGUGGUGGUUGUUAGUGAUUUUGUUGCCCUUCUGCAUCUUGCACAGGAACCUAAGAAGUAAAAAUGGUAGGUGGAAAAUUCAUCCAUUGGUCAACACCUUCAGUGGAUUCAGCACCAUCAUUUGUGGAUGAUAUGUGGUUCAAAUACAUACUUUCCGUAAUAUCAGCAACAAUUGCUGAAGGAGCAACAUAUCCUCUGGAUUUGAUUAAAACCAGGCUUCAAAUUCAAGGGGAAAUAGCCUCAUCUAAAGGAGAUGCUGGUGGUUACAGAGGAAUGCUCAAGACUGCUGUUGGGAUUGUGAAGGAAGAGGGCCUUAUUCGGUUAUGGCAAGGAAUUACACCAGCAAUAUACAGGCAUGCCAUCUAUACAGGAGUUAGAUUUGGUGCCUAUGAAAAAAUGAGAGAAAAUGUCUUCCAGAAAAAUCCGGAUGGAUCAUAUUCUUUAUGGAAAGCAGCCAUAGGAGGUAUGAGUGCUGGAGCUUUAGGCCAAUUUAUGGCUAGUCCAACAGAUUUAGUCAAAGUGCAAAUACAAAUGGAGGGGAAACGGAGGCUGGAGGGAAAGCCCCCUCGAGUUAAGAACGCAUUCCAUGCCUUCCAGAAAAUCAUGAAGCAAGGUGGAAUCAGAGGUCUUUGGAAAGGAUGGGUCCCAAAUGUUCAAAGGGCUGCUUUAGUCAACCUCGGUGAUUUAACAACGUACGAUACAGCCAAAAGAUACAUUCUUCGGAACACGCAGUUGAAAGAUACAUCAGCUGUGCAUAUCAUGUCAAGCAUGUGUGCUGGCCUUGUUGGAGCCACAAUGGCGACACCAGCAGACGUAAUCAAAACUAGAGUUAUGAAUCAACCCACAGACGAACAUGGACGGGGCCUUUAUUAUAAAUCGUCAAUAGACUGUUUUUUGAAAACCGCCCGGCAAGAGGGUUUUUUGGCAAUGUAUAAAGGUUUCUUUCCCGCGUGGAUUCGCAUGGGGCCAUGGAGUUUGUGUUUCUGGCUCAGCUAUGAGCAAAUCCGUAAAGCAAUGGGAACAGCUGCAUUUUGAAGUUUACCAGUUCAGUUCGGCAAAGAAUUAUAUGCUUGUAUAGAUUGUCGGAAAGGCAAUACCGAACUUCUAUCAUUAAAAAAACCAAAUGGUCUGUAAGUGCUUAUGUAGUCGGUGAAAAGUGAUAGUGUUUGUACGCAAGCCAACUUAUCCGGCAGAUAAAUGUAUAAAGGAGAAUAAAGAGACAGUUACAGUUGUU